UUCCGAGAUUCGCUCCACUACCUCCGCAACUUCCAGUGGCGCUGCACUUUUGUUAGAGACAGGGCGAUUUACUAGGACUCUCCUCGGGUCACCGCAGCAAUCUCAACUACCAAGUAACAAGACCAAGAACUCAGGUCAACGUGUUAUGACCUUUGAGGAACAAGCCAAGGCCAAUGUCGAGGAAUCCGAGGUCCGACUUUCAUUCGCUAUCAAUCGCACCAUUGCGAUGGAAGAGGAAGCACAACUGCUUGAGCAGAAGUUCCAGGACGAGUUGGAGCAUCUGCGUAAACUACUCAGAGAUGCGACGGAAAGCAACGAAGAGGCGAAGGCUGAUUAAGGAAGAGGACCACUACAAAAAACACUGAUUUGGAAGGAAACGGAGAUGGCCAGUUAGAGGGCGUAACCCUGCUCCAUUUUGCAAAAAUCAUUGACUCACACUAAACUGUACAUCACCAAUUGCAUCCCCUCUUCCUUCUCUACACCAAUUGCAUCCCCUCUUCCUCCUCUGCAAAAAUCAUCCACCUGCACCAAAAUUUUCUUUCCCAAGUAAAACCCCUCUCCCUGUGCGCCUUUACAAAAAUCAUCCACCUGCAGCAAAAUUUUCUUUCCCAAGUAAAACCUCUCUCCCUGUGCCCCUCUACAAAAAUCAUCCACCUGCACCAAAGUUUUCUUUCCCAACUACACUCCAACCUUCUCCUCCCCGACCUCUAAUCCAAGGAAAAAAAGCGUCUG